CCGUGCAGGGGUUCCGCCGGCUGCCCAAUACAUACCUUCGCUUAGUGGCAAACCCAGCGUCUGGCCACAAAGGCAGAAGACGGAUAUUGUGCGUGACCAGAUUGAGUAGGGAUACUGCCCAUUCUUGGACGCCCCAAAAUUGUGCGGAGCGAUUCGCCAGAGCUGGCACGCCCACCUUACCCAUCUUGUCUUUCUGCCUCGUAGCCAGCGGCGGCCACUGUGAGCGGCGAGUUUGACCUCCUGGCAGCAAAUGGUCGAAAAUGGGGCCAAGGUCGGCAGAUCAGGACCACAUGAGGAUUUUUUAAGAGUGCACUAAAAGACCGUUCUGUGACUAGGUUCCGCCUGUCGCACCCGUGUCUUAUCAUAACCAUGUCUUCCCUGAUAGACGCUAUCCCCUGGGGGGCGCUGAUCACCUGGUCAAGCCUCGCCGUGGGACUCACGGCGACCCUGAUAACCACUAUCGUGCGCCGUCGCUAUCUUUCUGCCAUAUCGAACAUUCCGGGCCCGUUUUGGGCCUCCCUCACUCGGCUAUGGCAUGUCUGGAUCAUCCUCGAAGGAAGGCAGAACGAGCGUCUCGUGGCUCUCCACAAACGGUAUGGCCCGUUCGUUCGCAUCGCCCCGAACGAGAUCAGCGUUUGUCACCGAGAUGCCUCCACGCUCCUUUUGCGAGCCAAUCUACACAAGGGCGACUGGUACCACGUCACGGCAGUGCCCGACUUCCGCUUCCGGAACCCUAUGUCGACGACCGAUCCCCGGAAGAAGAAGGCGCUUUCGAAACACUUUGCCCCAGGAUACGCCCCGUCGAAGGUCCGGGGAUGGGAGUCCGAUAUCAACGGGAACAUCGAGUGCUUGCUGUCUUGGAUAGACGCUUAUGCCGAGGACGAGAAGCCAAUGCACCUUGAUAAGUUCAUCACGUACACGACAUUCGACAACAUAGGCUCCGUCUUUUUCUCGGAGCCGUUUGGUUUCAUCAAAGCGGGCCGCGAUGUAGGCGGAACGUUGCGGAACAACGUCGCGCUCAGCAAAUUCGCAGCCGCCGCUGGUUUCUUCCUCGUGCCCCUGCGCAUCCUCGUCAACCCGUUAACUAGUUGGAUGCUGCUGCUGCCGAUGGGCAGACUGUACAGGACCACGUCAGUGGCUUUGCGAAAGCGGAUGAGCAGCCCUAAUGCCGGGAAGGACAUGCUCUCGCACUGGCUUCGCGCUUCCGAAGUAUCAGGGACACUAAGCGCACGGGAGAUCGAGGCGCAGGCGAAUGUGAAUGUGGGCGCAGGGGCGGAGCCCGUUUCCACUGCUAUUCAGAGCGUUGUGUAUCACAUGAUCAGGCAUCCCAAGGCUUGGUCGACGGCCCGCGACGAGAUCGAUGCCGCUCGUGCCCAAGGGCGCUGCCAACAUCGCGUUGUUUCGUCGCACGACGCCCAGAGCCUGCCUUAUGUACAAGCUUGCGUAAAGGAGUCGCUGCGCUUGUUUAGCCCAACGACCAUGGGUUUGCCUCGUAAGGUCCCGAAGGGCGGCAUCACUAUCGCAGGCCGACACUUCGCAGAGGGCACCACUCUCAGUGUUUCUUCGCAGUAGGUUUGCGCGCUGUUAGUGAGCCAGUUCACCACUGAAGGCUGACACCCACAAGUGCAGUGCACUUAUCGACGGAUAUCUGGGGAGAUGAUGCUCACCAAUGGCGCCCGGAACGCUGGAUGUCUGGCUAUACAAAGGAGAUGGAGAAAAACUGGUUGGUGGUAAGUUAUCACACGAUCUACGGACGCGGUGCCAAGAGCUAAGGUGACAAGUUUUCCGCUGGGUUCAUGACGUGCCCGGGGCGUCACCUUGCGCUGAUGCAGGUCUCUAAAGUGGUAGCUUCUCUGAUCCACUGCUACGACAUCCGUCAGGUGGAUCCGGAUAGCGUGUGGAGCUACCAGGCUAACUUCACCGCGCUGACGCACUCGUGGCCGGUCUAUGUGAAGAAGAGGAUGGAUUGAAGGCUUUUGGUAUCAGUUCAGCAU